AUGACGGUCAAGUCACAUCGCAUUCGCAUCUCCAUCGACAGAGGUGGUACGUUCACCGAUGUUCACGCCGCCAUACCCGGCAGGGGAGACAUCAUCCUCAAGCUCCUCUCUGUCGACCCCGCCAACUACCAAGAUGCCCCAACAGAAGGCAUCCGGCGGAUUCUGGAGAUGGUGACCGGUGAGACAUUACCUAGAGGACAAUUGCUCGACCUCUUCCACGUCGAGUCCAUUCGCAUGGGCACGACAGUAGCCACGAAUGCCCUUCUUGAGCGAAAAGGCGAGCGCGUGGCCCUCAUCACAACAAAGGGCUUCCGUGACCUGUUGGCGAUUGGCAACCAGUCACGGCCAAACAUUUUCGACCUCUCAGUUGCACGGCCAGAGGUCCUCUUUGAUGAGGUCGUCGAAGUCGAUGAGCGCAUCACAAUGGAGGACUACACCGAGGAUCCCGCCUCUAUCAAGACGAGUCCGACGUCCGAUGAUCCUGAGCUCGUCACGGCCGUCACCGGCGAGACCGUCCGCGUCCUCAAGAGGCCAGAUCUGGAAGAAAUCAAGACGCAGCUCGAAAAGGUCAGAGAACAGGGCUAUCGGUCCAUCGCCGUUGUCUUUGUCCACUCUUACGCCUGCCCAGACCACGAGCUCCUGGUUGGCAGGGUCGCCUCUGAGAUGGGCUUCUCCGUCACACUGUCUUCCGAAGUUCAGCCUAUGAUCAACGUCGUGCCCCGUGGCAUGUCUGCUGUGGCUGACGCUUACCUCACGCCCGUCAUUCGGCAGUACAUUGACUCUAUUUCGGCUAACUUCAAGGGCGGAUUUGGUGCGGCCGCGACGCGCAUCGAGUUUAUGCAGUCGGACGGUGGCCUCGUCGACUACCGCAAGUUUAGCGGUCUCAAGGCGAUUCUUUCCGGACCCGCCGGCGGUGUUGUUGGUUACGCCCAAACUUCUUGGGAUGACGAGGAGCGCCAGCCUGUUAUUGGCUUCGACAUGGGCGGUACCUCGACAGAUGUGUCCCGCUACGCCGGUGUCUAUGACCAUGUCUUCGAGACCACUACCGCCGGUAUCGCCAUCCAGUCCCCUCAGCUCGAUAUUCACACCGUCGCUGCUGGAGGUGGCUCUAUCCUGACCUGGAAGAACGGCCUCUUCAAUGUUGGCCCUGAGUCCGCUUCUGCACACCCUGGCCCAGCAUGCUAUCGCAAGGGCGGCCCGUUGACUGUGACGGACGCGAAUUUGUUCCUGGGUAGGCUGUUGCCGGAGUACUUCCCCAAGGUCUUCGGCCCCAAGGAAAACGAGCCGUUGAACCGAGAAGUCACAGCCGCCAAGUUCAUAGAGCUGACGAGCGAGAUCAACAAGGACAGAGAGGCCUCUGGUCUUUCUCUGCUUUCCCCCGAGGAAGUCGCUCUCGGCUUCCUCAAGGUUGCCGACGAGGGCAUGGCGAGCCCAAUUCGCGCUUUGACGGAAGCUCGCGGCUACGAGGCUGGCGCACAUCACUUGGCUUGCUUCGGUGGUGCUGGCGGUCAACACGCGUGCUCCGUCGCCACGGUGCUAGGAAUCUCUCGCGUCAUUAUCCACAAGUACUCAUCCAUCCUCUCAGCGUACGGCAUGUCGCUUGCAGACGUUGUCCACGAAAUUCAGAAGCCUUCUGCCAUCACCUACUCUGACGAAACCAAGGGCAGCAUCCAGGAGCAGCUCGAGGAGUUGUCUUCCCAGGCCACUCUGGAGUUAAUGAAGCAGGGCUUCACCGAAGAUCUCAUCACUCACGACACCUACCUCAACAUGAGAUAUGCUGGAUCCAGCAGCUCGCUGAUGAUCCUGAAGGGCGCAGACUGGGAUUUCAAGACGGAAUUCGAAGAUGCUCAUCGCCGGGGCUUCGGAUUCCACUUCCCCGAGAAGUCCAUCAUGGUCGACGACAUUCGCGUUCGCGCUACUGGCGCAGCUCGGUCCAAGGUUGAGAAGAGCCCGUUUGCCCAGAUGAAGUCCGUCGAGGGCUCCGCCGUCUCAACUCCCCAGCCCAGCGGCACCAACAGCGUCUACUUUGAGGGUCACGGCCACCUCGAUACUGCCGUCUACCAGCUCCAGACCAUCCCCGUCGGUGCCCGUAUCUCUGGCCCGGCCUUGAUCAUUGACAACACCCAGACCAUUCUUGUCACGCCGUCCACCACGGCAACAGUCCUCGAGAGCUACGUCGUCAUCGAUCGCGCACCUGUUGAGAAGGUUGCCAAGACGAACGGCGAGCAGGAAGAGUUCAGCCCCGUCCAGCUCACCGUCUUUGGCCACCGCUUCAUGUCCAUCGCCGAGCAAAUGGGCCGCACCCUUCAGAAGACGGCCGUCUCCACCAACAUCAAGGAACGCCUCGACUUCUCCUGCGCCAUCUUCAGUCCUGAUGGCGGCCUCGUCGCAAACGCCCCCCACGUGCCUGUCCACCUAGGAUCCAUGCAGUUCGCUGUCCGUUACCAGCACGAGCUAUGGGCCGGCAAGCUCAAGGACGGCGACGUCCUCGUCUCAAACCACCCCUCCUGCGGCGGCACCCACUUGCCCGACAUCACAGUCAUCACUCCCGUCUUCGACGGACCAGAGCUAGCCUUCUACGUUGCUUCGCGAGGUCACCACGCCGAUAUUGGCGGUAUUCUCCCCGGAUCCAUGCCGCCGACCUCCUACGCCCUCUGGCAAGAAGGUGCAGCUAUCGAGUCGACGAAACUCGUUAGCGAAGGUCGCUUCAACGAGGCCGAGGUCCGCCGUCUGCUUCUUGAGGAACCCGCUCAGUACGACGGCUGCUCCGGCACCCGCAGACUGCAGGAUAACCUCUCCGAUCUCAAUGCGCAAAUCGCCGCCAACGCAAAGGGCAUCUCACUCAUCAAGGCCCUCAUCACAGAAAACGGCCUCGCCACGGUUCACCGGUACAUGUACGCCAUUCAGCACACGGCCGAGCACGCUGUGCGCGAGCUGAUGCAGUCCACCCUCGUCAAGUUCGGCUCCGAGCCUCUUGUCGCGGUCGACUACAUGGACGACGGCACGCCCAUUUGCCUCAAAAUCACCAUCUCGCCCCAGGACGGCUCCGCGACAUUCGACUUCACCGGCACCGGCCCGCACGUCCUCGGCAACACCAAUGCGCCCAUCGCCAUCACGCACUCAGCAAUCAUCUACUGCCUGCGCGGCCUGAUCUCCUCCCAGAUCCCGCUUAACCAGGGCUGCCUGGCCCCGAUCGACAUCGUGAUCCCCAAGGACAGUAUUCUCAACCCGGGCGCCGGCCUCGCCGUCGUCGGCGGCAACGUCCUCACGUCCCAACGCAUCACCGAUGUCGUUCUCAAAGCGUUCCGCGCUUCCGCCGCCAGCCAGGGCUGCUGCAAUAACCUUACCUUUGGCACGGGAGGCAAGGACCCCGUGACGGGCGAGCACAAGGACGGCUUCGGGUACUACGAGACCAUUGCCGGCGGCGCCGGCGCCGGCCCGAUGUGGGUGGGCCAGAGCGGCGUGCACACGCACAUGACCAACACGCGCAUCACAGAUCCCGAGGUCUUUGAGAAGCGGUACCCGUGCAUCUUGAGGCGCUUCCAGCUGCGCAGCGGGUCGGGCGGUAAAGGUAAGAACAGGGGCGGCGACGGGACGAUUCGCGAGAUUGAGUUCCGGGUGCCAGUGCAGUGCUCUAUUCUGAGCGAGCGCCGGAGCCGGCGGCCGUAUGGUAUGGAGGGCGGUGGCGAUGGCGAGGCGGGCUUGAAUUUGGUUAUUGUCAAGGAUGAUAUGACUGGCAAGGAUCGGACUGUUAACUUGGGGGCCAAGGCGACGACGAAGUUGAGAGCUGGGGAGACUGUUAUCAUUCAGUCGCCUGGUGGUGGUGCGUGGGGAGCUGUUGAGGCUUGA